AAAUAAAUUGCUUUUUUUUCUACUAAUAAAUUUGAUAUUAAUAUAUAGAAAAUCAAAGCACACAUUUAUACGGGCGCGCACACAAUUGUAUUUGUGUUGUGCCACCAGCAGCUAUACAGUUGUCUUUCCUCUCUGGUUUCCCUUUCUCUAUUUUCGCUUUAUUUUUCUUGGUGUCAAAUAUUUUCCACUCUACUUCUCUUCCAAAUCACUCGUAGCUAUGCCUUUACUAGGGUUUGAAUUUCCGUUUUGCUUCAAAAUUUCACAUGUUUCUGGCGUCCUCAUUUUCAUGUAGACAUCAUAUAGCCGUAACAAUCAAGUUUGUUUUUAGGAGUUUGAGGAGAUCUGUUACAAUUUGAAGAAAUGCCUUCUCCAAAUAAUCAUGGAUCCCAUAUCCCUUUUGCAUCUUUUCGUCGCUCUAUAUUGACUAUAAGAAGUGAUCAGGUUCAUUCAGAAAUGAGCCAUGAUUCGAAUAUCAAGUACCUGGAGUCGUUCCAACGACAAGUUUUUGCCCGUUUCCAUGACCUUUCAUUGGUUAAUGCGGACGAGCUCCUCUCCGUUUCUUGGAUACACAAAUUGUUGGACGCGUUCACUACGUGCCAGGAGGAUUUCAGCGCCUUACUAUCCGAUAACAAAGCAUUUCUCUCGAAACCACCGGCAGACAGGCUUGCUACUGAGUACUUUGAGAGAACCAUCAAGGCAAUGGAUAUCUUCAAUGCAACUCGUGAUGGUGUUGAGACUGUUCGUGUCUGGCAGAAGCAUUUGGAGAUUGUGGUAUGUGCUCUUGAUGAUCGGCAGAGAAUGCUUGGUGAGAGCCAGUUUCGUCGUGCUAGAAAAGCCUUGAUGGAUUUGGCAUUACUGAUGUUAGAUGACAAAGAUACCGGUUCAGUAUUUUCACACAGAAACCGCUCUUUUGGGCGAAAGGGCAAGGAACACCAUCGGAGCUCAUCAGGGCACUCGCGGUCACUGUCUUGGAGCGUAUCGCAUUCUUGGUCAGCGUCUAAGCAGCUCCAGUCCAUUGCAAAUAACUUGGUUCCUCCAAAAGCGAGUGAAAUAGCAGCGACUAAUGGUUUGGCGAUGCUCAUCUUUGCAAUGAGCUAUAUUCUGAUGUUUGUGUUAUGGGUUCUCGUUGCUGCAAUCCCUUGUCAGGACCGAGGCGUGCAGAUUCACUUUGCAAUCCCUCGUCAGUUCUCGUGGAGUACGCCUCUGUUCUUACUCCACAGCCGAAUUAUGGACGAGUCCAAGAAGAGAGAGCGACGUAACACCUGUGGAUUGUUAAAAGAGAUAUAUCAGAUUGAGAAGUGUGUGCAUCAGUUGACAGACUUGGUAGAUGCCGCUCAGUUCCCACUGUCGGACGAGCUGAAGGAAGAAGUAAAAGAGAAUGUCAAAGAGCUGUCUCUAGCAUGUGAAGCUUGUAAGACGGGACUUGAGCCACUGCAACACAAGUUACGCGAGACAUUCAGGAAAGUCAUGGCUUGCCGGUCCGAGGGCCUUGAGUUCCUUGGCAAGGCUACAGAGCCUUAAUGAAGGAGCUGUUGGAAAGGAAGUGCAAAUAUGAUGCUAUAGUUUUUACCAUUAAAGAGAAUCUUUGAGAUGUUGCCUACACUAAUAAAAAAUUUCAGGUAGAUUUUGUACUUAGUGAUAUAUACUUUCUUGUAUAAUUUUACUUUGUGUCUGUUGUAUCAUUGUGUUUCCAGAUCUCUGUCUGUGUGAGGCUGGCCUUCAAUUUUUUCUUGAUUGAUUCUUUAUUCUUGUUAAACAUGUAUGUCUGGGAAAAAUAUGCCCUUUUGAUCCAGUCCAUUUCAACAA